UUUUGAUGUAAAUUCAAUGAUAAUUUUGUGUGAUCAACAGUGGCUUCUAACUAAAAGUGUAAUGUGAACUUUUUGUUGUCAUAAUUAUUUAAGCUCAGCGGCUGCCCUCCUCCUCGAUUCUCAAAAAUGCAAGUAGGGCCAGCCAAUUUUGAUGUAAAUUCAUUGAUUAUUUUGUGUGAUUAACAGUGUCUUCAAACUAAAAACGUAAUGUGAACAAAAAUGUUGUCAUAAUCGUUCAAGCUAAGCGGCUGCCCUCCUCCUCGAUUCUCAAAAAUUCAAGUAGGGCCAGCCAAUUUUGAUGUAAAUUCAAUGAUAAUUUUGUGUGAUCAACAGUGGCUUCUAACUAAAAGUGCAAUGUGAACUUUUUGUUGUCAUAAUUAUUUAAGCUCAGCGGCUGCCCUCCUCCUCGAUUCUCAAAAAUUCAAGUAGGGCCAGCCAAUUUUGAUGUAAAUUCAUUGAUUAUUUUGUGUGAUUAACAGUGGCUUCAAACUAAAAGUGUAAUGUGAACAAAAAUGUUGUCAUAUUUAUUUAAGCCCAGCGGCUACCCUCCUCCUCGAUUCUUAUAAAUUCAAGUAGGGCUAGCCAAUUUAGAGGUAUAUGAAUGGAUUUUAACAACUAUUGGACGCCCUGCUAUGCAUUUUUCGGGAAAUGAGGUCAGAUAUACAUGUAUGGAUGUUCGGUUGAUUGGAUGAUUGGCACUGUAAAAAUGCAACACCUUUCGGCUGCAACAACAACAACAACGAAUAGCAACAACAACAACAGUCGAAUGGCGGCCCACUGAAGCCUCCCCCCCACUCAGCCAGAGCCAGAACGAACCAACCAAAAUUGAGUUAUAAAAUUUGUUGAUGACUGCUUCAAAAUUGGCCUCCUGCUGAUUCGACACGCCCAAAAGUACAGCGCUCAGCCGCCGUGAAGUAGGCAACAAAAUAUUUAUGCGCACAAACGAUAACAAGAGCAACAACAACAACCACAACAACAACAACAAGUGAGCGCAGCCAGUGAACAAAAACAAAAAGUCCAUCAACCAGCCGCAUCAUGAAGGGCUUGACGGCGUUUAAGGAGAAGGCGACGGGCGUUUUCAGCGGCCUCAAGCCGAAUAUGGAGAAGUUCGAGAUAUCGCAGAGCUACCAUGGCGGACACGGCGGCUAUGAGGAAAUGGAGGGUGGCGAACGCGAGGGACGCGGCCCCGGCGGCGGACACGCCUAUGACGACGACGACGAUCGACCGGACUCGCCCGCCUCCUUCGAGGAGAUCGAAAGGCCGCCGCUGCGCAAAAUCGACAAGUACUGCAAGGCGGAAUGCCCCUGCAUGCCGGCACGGUACACCAUCGCUACAAUGGCCUGCGUGGGAUUCAUGAUUGCCUUCGGCAUGCGUUGCAACAUGUCAGCCGCCAAGCUUAAAGGCGAGCACAAUGGGACCGUCUUUAUGAACUGGACAGUUGCUGUGGAAAGCCAUGUGGACUCAUCCUUCUUUUGGGGCUAUCUGGUUACACAAAUACCCGGCGGUUUUAUUGCAUCCAAGUUUCCGGCGAACAAGAUUUUCGGGCUCUCGAUUGUAAGCUCCGCCUCGCUGCAUCUGUUUGUGCCCUUCGCGAUGACUCUGAUGCACGGCCAUGUGGUCAUAUGUGUGCGCGUGCUGCAGGGACUCUUUGAGGGCGUAACAUAUCCAGCUUGUCACGGCAUUUGGCGCUUCUGGGCGCCACCCAUGGAGCGCUCCCGCCUGGCCACAUUGGCCUUCUCCGGUUCGUAUGCGGGCGUCGUGGUGGGUCUGCCGCUAUCCGGGCUGCUGGCCGAUGCCGUUGGCUAUCAGGCGCCCUUCUAUGCGUAUGGCGCAUUUGGCAUCAUUUGGUACCUGUUCUGGAUUUGGUUGUGCUUUGAGAAUCCGCGCAAGCAUCCCGCCAUUAGCAUACCCGAACUGAAGUAUAUUGAGAAAUCGCUGGGCGAAUCGGCGCAUCCAACAAUGCCGUCGUUCAAGACAACUCCGUGGCGCCAAAUGCUGCGCUCCAUGCCCGUCUAUGCGAUUAUAGUGGCAAAUUUUUGCCGCUCCUGGAACUUUUAUUUACUGGUGCUGUUUCAGUCAUCGUUCCUCAAGCACAAGUUUGGCUUUAAGGUGGAGGAGGCGGGCUUUGUGGGCUCGUUGCCCCAUUUGAUAAUGACCACAAUCGUGCCCUUUGGCGGCAUGCUGGCGGAUCAUUUGCGCAAAAAUGGCAUACUCUCCACGACGAAUGUGCGCAAGCUCUUCAACUGCGGCGGCUUUGGCAUGGAGGGUCUAUUCUUUCUGUUUGUCGCGCAUUCCUCCACGGCGACGGGCGCCAUGUUUGCGCUAACCUGCGGCGUCGCCUUCAGUGGCUUUGCCAUCUCCGGCUACAAUGUGAAUCAUUUGGAUAUAGCGCCUCGAUACGCGAGCAUCCUGAUGGGCUUAUCCAAUGGCAUUGGUACCUUGGCUGGCAUCAUAGUGCCCUAUGCGCUGGACGGGCUCAUCCAAGCGAAUCCGACUGGCUGCUGGACAACGGUGUUUACACUGGCCGCCUGUGUUCAUUUGAUUGGCUGCACUUUCUAUGGCAUUUUUGCCUCCGGCGAGUUGCAGCCAUGGGCCGAGCCGCCGCCUGAGGAGCAGCAGGUGUGGGCACCUCCAGCGGGCGCCAUCACACACGAUGAUCCCAGCCAGGCGGGCAUGCUGGGCACAUACAUGAAGGAAACACAAUUUGGCGCACCGGAGUAUACGGAGCAGAGCCAAAUGCAGCAAUCGAAUGCCAUUAGCUAUGGCGCCACCGGGCACGUGGCCAACAAUCCAUUUGCAUUGGCAGCGUCAGCACCCAUUGCCGAGGAGCCCGCCCAGCCGCCGUAUGUGGACAAUGCCUACGACUACACGCAAGGGCAAAUACCGCCCUCGACGAAUCCCUACGAGCAGCCGGCCUAUCAGCAGCAGUAAGAAUCAAUGCCACAAUCUGAUAUAAAUUAGCUUUUAGUUCUAGUGCAAAAAGCCGUUUAUUGUUUGUUCCUGAUGGGGUUGAUUUGUAUAUAAGAUACUAUACGCGAUAUAUUUAACAGCAAGACCAUUAACUAUUCAGCAACUUCAGACCCGAGUCUAACGAAUUUCUACAUACAAAAAAUAACGAAACCAAACAAAACUCUCACGACACUAACACAAUGAAACUAUGUACCUAACAGAGCAACUACAUAUUGUACGCGUAUACAGAACACGAAAGAUAUCGUUUAACUUCUCGCCGCACACAAAUCACAAGAAAUAAAAUAAUAAAGAAUAGUGCUAUAGUCGGAAGGGCACGACUGGGAGAUACCCUGAACCCAUGACGAGCUGCCGUUAUAGAUAUUUUGUCAUUUCUGUCUCUAUGCAUAGCAAAUGCUUCCUUGAUUAACUUUGGGACUUAAAGUCUGAUCCAAAUGCAAUUUUAAGGGCUUUAAAGUGGCACAAAAUAGUGUGUGUAUACCCUGUAAAAAUGAGUUCUCAAUUCUGAUAAAAUAGGGAAGGUAUCUACAAAUAGGCCAUACCUCGAAAUCGGUAUUUACCAAGAAGAUGAAAGCAGAUCUCCAAAUUCGUGUCUAAUUUUUAAUGGGUUCAGGGUAUAAAUAGAAAACAAAAUCAAAUAUAUAGCCUACUUUUAAGCAUCGCUUCCGCGAAAUUUCUAUUUACAAGCUCCAGCAUAUUAAUAAACAAA